UUGGAGCUUAUCAUGAAGUUCAAGUGUGCUUUCACCACUACGCCUGAAUGACCCUCUGGAGUGUGAGAAAAAAAAUAACAUUAGAAGAAGUCCAAAUAUCCACCACAUGCACGGCUUCCUUGAGUGUAGUGACUCUGCAGAGUGGUAUGUCCGGGAAAACUACGGGUUAAUUUAAGACUAGAAGCAAAGCCUGUUGCCAAUUAGGAGCAGUGAGCGCCACAUGUGGGCUAGACGCAGCUCACUCCAGAAGGGGCAAAGGGGGCAGAAACCGCGAGGCGCGGGAUGGAGACAAGCUGAAUGUCUGAGCUAUCACCAGUUAAAAGGUUAAUGUCAAUGACAUCGACGGACGAUUACUAGGUUGACUUUUUUUUUCUUGACGAGAUGAUCAAACCCGAUCUGCUGGGCUAAAGGAUUGAUGCGCAAAAGAGGCCACUUUUCACUCGUGGCCUGUUUCCAAUUUUACCUCUCAGCAUUGCAACAUGGCACGUACUUCUACAUUGUUUUUACUCUGCGUAGCAUCUUUUUUCAACGGAGCAAGCAGUGUAUCUGAGCCCUGCAGGGGCACGCGCUGCCUCCCUGCCCAGGACUGGAGAAGACCAUGCGUCGGAGCGCACUGCCAGGGACGCACGGAACCAGUCGCGUCCAGACGGCAAUAUACCCACUCUGCACAGUCAAGACAAGGACAAGUCUACCCGAGUUACCAACAGGACGCCCGUUUCAGUCAUCACCAAGCCCAGAGUGCGCCGUUAGCACCCUAUACCAUAGGCCAACCUCAGAACGGAGGCUUUACGCAACAAGUGGAUACAGAUGGCACCAGGAGGACAAACUCGAGAGCCAUUACAGCGGAGGUUUUUCAUCCAGGCUGCGCCGGAGGGACCUGUCCGACCACCAUGUCUCAUCACCAGACCAGUGAUGACAGUGCAACACGGGAGUGUAAAGGGAUUGGAUGUAAACUUCCUUCCAGGAUGCGCCAGAAGCCCAAGUCGUGCGUCGGGGAGGGCUGCGGUGCGCAUGGAGGAGACUACGGGAGAGAAAACUCUUCUCCGGUUCGUGUGACUGACAGAGCUGCACAAUUUCUGGAUGACUUUUCAGACUUUGGGUCGGAGCGCGGCGCGUGGAUACAGCUUACAUGUGAUAUGAAACCAGGGACCAAUGAGGUUCCCUCUGAGGAUGCUCUAGUGCUUCAGCUGCAGCUGUCAAAUAGCCAGGAGAAGCUGGUAGAGGCCCUCAGGGGCCAGCAGGACGAGGUCAGAGAGCUGCAGAGGCUCCUCAGUGAGCAGCAGGGGGCGCUGGUCAACCAGCAGAGAGAAAUACUGGAGCAGCAGAGGAGGAUGUAUGAACAGAUGGAGCAAGUUAAAGCCCAGUACAACAUACUAAUGGAAGGCAUCAAACAGACGUCUCUGCAGAACCUGCAGGGGGAGAUGGACAGUCACAUGGAGGCACUGAAUGGGCAGGUCAGAACCCACAGAGCACAGCAGGCACUGUCUUUGCACAAGGUGGACAUGGAUGCCAGUGUGAUGGAGGUGGGUCGCCCCAUGUUGGCCUGCGGGAGUUGUAAUCCUGAUGAGUACUGUGACUUUAGCAGUGGUCAGCCUCGCUGUGAGAAAUGUACCAUCUGUCCAGCUGGCUUCUUCUUGGUGGCCCAGUGUUCAAUCCACGCAGACAGAAUCUGCCAGGACAGAGAUGAAUGCCUGGAAAUAUCCAACCUGUGUGGAGAUCAACAGAGGUGUCAAAAUACUCCAGGUGGAUUCAGGUGUCAUGGAAUGACAGAGCGAGAUGCCAACUCGGGAAUGUGCAGCAGUAGCUACUUCUUUAACUCAGACAUGGAUGAAUGUCAGGCUUGUAACGAGUGUGAUGGUGAGCCGGUGGCCUCACCUUGCACCUUCACUACGGACACCCUCUGCUCUGGCCUUGCUCCUGCUGGUGACGGCACCCUCUCUCUGUCCUGGGCUGGAGAUGUGAGUCUGCUUGGUGCAAAAGGCCAUGCUCCGAUUCAUGCCUUCUCUGGUGUAAAGCUUCAGAUCCAGGGAAGAGGUGACCCAGGUCUUGUGUCGGCUGAAAAUGGGCAGUUGGUGCUCCGGCAGCAUGGUCUGGUGUGGCUGGAUGAGAAUCUCUCAGUGAGCCAUGGCUGUCGUAGCUUCAUCCAGGUGUGUCUUCGUAUGAACAACACAGAUGGCUCUGAUGCUCGAGAUAUAAGUGGCAUAAGGAUUGAGCAGCGUGAGGUAAGGUCGCUCCAAAGUGCCAGCAUCAGCGGGGUCGCUGAAGUCGCCCCUGGAAACAUUAUCUCCCUCUUCCUCCGGAGCGCCACCCAACACUGUAACCAAAGUGGUGAAGGUCUGCAUCUCUACGACCCCUUAGCAUCUCCAUUCAGUCUCUUCUGGCUCUCUCACGACACCGGGGCUGUAGCCAUGACUGCACAAGCCACGGUAUCUGCGCACUACCAUACAAACUAUCGGCCAACUUUCCGCACCACCUCCACCUCUGAUCCUUACGUAGUCGGGCUGACUCAUGACAGCCGUGGGAUCCGUUUUGCAGAAAGUGGCACUGUUCGUUUUGUAUUCCAGCAGGCGUUGUACACAAUGGGCCAGGCGUGCGUGAGCGAAGGGUUCCAACUGAUGGCUUACCUAAACCGCAAUGGGACCGGCGUGGAGCUUUGUCGUUCCUUCAAAUCAGGCGUCCACUAUCGAGACACUUCCAUAUCUGUAUCUGGAGCUGCUAAAGUUGAACCUGGGGAUGCACUUGGCUUCGAGAUCAUCUCUCCUGCUCAGUGCAAUGUACGUUUCUUUGGGGAUGAGACCGGCAUCAGCACCAUCAGCUUGGUUUGGGUCCCCGCUGCAAUCUCCUCCUCACUAUCUGCAUCCGUGGCUCACAUUGGACUUCCUACAGGAGCGGUCAGAAACAAGCCACUGUUCUUCCGCCAGACCAGUGCUCAGGUGUCCCAGAUGGGGCUGAUAACGAGAGGAUCCACUGAUCAGAGAAGAGAUUUUGUCUUCAAGGAGAGUGGCACAGCUAGUCUUGCUCUGGAUCUCAAACUUAUUCACUCCUGCAACCUGGUCAAGGUGACUCUUCUGAGGCGAGGGGAUACAGAAGGGUCGGGAGGAGGUCGAGAGGCAGAGGUGGUACGACCUGUGCCCCUGGCCCAGCAGGUGGGCGGUCAAAUGCCUGAAGGCAGCCAUUGGGCCAGCGUGAGCCUGAGGGCGUCCUUCAAGGUGCAUAACGGCACAGCAGUGUUCUUCACAUUAGACUGUGUACGUGGACGAGUCAACCAGAUCAGCCACCAAACAGGAAGUGCAGUGUCAAUCCUCUGGGUGGCAGAGUAGAACAAAACCUUUCCAAGCAGUUUCUGUUUUUGGUUUCCCAUUGGGACAGAAGUUAAACCAUUUAUGCAACUACCAUUUAUUGAUUUGAUUUCAAAAGAAAGUUUGAAUUGAUGCUUGUUGCUUUCAUGCCAAAAGUUACACUAAAUCCUACCUGAAUGGGACAGAAAACAAGCCCUAACCUUCUCUGUGUGAGGGCAAACAGCGUCAGGGGGCUUGUUUGACAAAUCAUCCAACCUGGCUAGAGAAAGGAGAAACCUCAUGAGACACCAACAACACUUGUAUUCAAGUAUUGGGCCGUGACAUAUCUCUAGUAUAUCUAGACUUUUGUCGGUCUUUCAUCUGCCACAGCUCACUGUUUAUUAAAAACAGCAAUAAGAAGAGAAGAUUGAUACCAGACUGAACACCUUUCUGCAAACAAAAGCCAGUAGCUUAUUAGUUUAAGCUAAGCUAACCAACACAUCAAAGUGGCAUUGAUCUACUCAAGUGACUUAUCUAAGGACACUGAAUUAACAAAUGCUAGCUUUCAAGUUUUCUGUCGCAUAGCUGCUUCAGUUUGUAGUGAGUAGUCUAAAGUGAACUAUAUUGAAAAUUAUUUUGUCAAAAAGUUAAAUAAUGUACUUUUUAUUUUCAAAAUGUAGCAUUAUGCAUCUCUUACUGUAUUUAUACCAAUGCAACCAUGAGUAUUUUACAGUGAAAGCCUCUGAGGUACAUAUGAUGGUGUUUUUUAAAAAACUGCAUUCCACAUCUCAUUUUUUAAGACGGAUAUAUUUUUCAUAAAUUGAGUUUUCUGCACUUUUUUUUCAGAAAUGUGCUUUUCUGUAUUUUAUUUAUGUUAUUUACUCAGUUUAAGCCAAAAGAUCUUCAGAUCACUCUCACUGUGACAACAUUUUCAUGUCACCAAACACCCUUUCACUCAACCCUUCACUCUUCCCUUCACUCUUCCCUUCUCCGGUGCUGGAUUUGAUUCAGGAGUGUGUUUUUUUUUUUAAAGGACAUGUGUUUCAUGUUAGCCACCAUUUUCUAAUGUGAAUAUUUACUGCAUGCUGUGUUUAAGGACCACAUCCUGCAUAUUAUGGCCUUAAUGUAAUGUGUUCCACUAAGACCCUGUUAAAAUUAAACUGUACUGAGAAGACAGCAUGUUAUUUUAAACAUUAACACCUUAACAGUUACUGUUGUACUGAUACUAAACUGCAAUAAGUUGUAUAUUUGAUGUUUUACAUUAAAUCCAAUUAAAAAAAAAGGUUUUGCAAGAUUUUUA